UGUAAGUCCGAGGGUGGCGUGUCUGGGAGCACUGUGAGGAUGGGGGCAUCUUCAAGUUGAAGCUUCUUAGCCAUUAACUGUUUCUUAAGAUUUAAAAGUUUCUGCACUUCAGUAACAAAACCUUUUGUAUAUUGAGAGGCAGGAUAUUUUCCACUAGCUCCAAUCUCUAGGACAUACGCAGCUCCUUUCUCUGCAUCAGUUACAGAAAACAAAAACAACACCUUCCUAUAAGUCACACACCCAUCCCUUACCUACAAACUUCAGAAAGUGGGACUGGUUUCCUUUCCACGGAGCUAAGACUAUUCUUGGGGCAGCAGAUACCCUGGGUCUAGUCCGGCAGAUGCCGGGGUUGGUAGAGAUGAUGGAUCUGGGUUGUUUCCAAAUUUGCCUGGUACAAUUCUCUAGUAGUCUUCAUUAUGCUUAUAGUAUUAUAUUUCCUCCAUGUGAAGACCCCUAUCCAUUUUUAACAUUUCUGAAACCUGGAUGCAGUGAGGUUAAAAGAGACUUGCCAGCUGCUGGGCAUCUGCGUGGGUGGUGAUGUGUCUGUGUUGCUUGCUCAUGCCAAAUGCAACUAUGUAAUCGAUUAUUCUAUCAGCAGAGAUACUUGAACUUUAAAAUCAGAUCUCUAAUUUUUUCAAAAAGUAACUUUAAAAGGUAAUGCUGUAAUAAGAUGAUAAAAGGCUUAUAACAAUGUUUAUUAAGGAUUUGCUGUGUGCCUACCAUUGUCUUGAUUAACAUUACAACAAUAGGAAGUACAAUUAUUAUCCUCAUUUUAUAGACGAAGAAGCUGAAGCUUAGAGAGUUGAAUUGCCUUAGAACUUUUAGUACAAAUGUCAGGGCUCUGACCCAGGCUGUCUAAUUUCAAAGCCUACCCUUUUUAACUCCCUCCUCUGUAUCCAGGAGAGAUGCCUGCAACUGACAAGGAGGGAAGUCAAGGCAGGAUCUGUGCUUGUUUGUACGUCUAUGGGGUGUUUGUGUAUCUUUGGCUAUUUGUGUAUAUAUGUAUGAACUGGGAGAUAGAGUUACAUCCAAGAACAUUGAUUAUUUAUUAUUUCUACACUGACAAUCUUUGCUUUGGAUCUUUUGAAGUUUUAAAUAUAUUUCUGCAGGUUCUGGAGUUCUGGUGUAGGACAAGUGGUUGUACAUCCCUCUUCUCUUUUUUGCUCCCCUGAAAGAGUGUUGAGGCAGUACUCAGCUGGCUGUAUCCCAAAGAAAGCAGUGCUUAAUUUAGGAGGGGAGUCCGUUUUGCAGAGUUGUUAAAGUUAAACCACCCUCCAGGAGUGCCCAGAUCCUGGUAGUGCAGGGACACAAGCUCCAAUCUCAAGGACACACACAGCUCUUUUCCUGAGGAGCCCACGUCUUGGGAACAGGUCACUGUGAUCUGUAGAGGACCACACAACCGUGAAGCCUCUCAUCAGAGUUCUGGAAAUUUCCUCACCAGAAGUGGACAAACUCAGUCAAGAGGGCAUCCUAAUGCCACAGCAGCUCCUGAUCACUCUGCCCACCAAGGCCAGCACUUGGGUGAAGUUGUACCACCCCAAAAAGGCCAAGGAGGGGGUGCCCCGGUGGGAAGAUGUGACCAAAAUGUUUGAAAGAGAAGUUCUGUCUCAGGAUGCUGAUGUGACCCAGGGAGAAAGUUUAGAGGAUGAAAUGACCUCUGUGCCCCCAGCAGCAGAAUCCCAAGAACUGUUGACCUUCAAUGACAUAUCUAUUGACUUCAGCCAGGAUGAGUGGGGGCAACUGGCCCCUGCUCACCAGGAUCUGUACCGAGAGGUGAUGUUGGAGAACUACAGGAACUUGGUGUCAGUAGCAGGAUAUCAACUUUCUAAACCUAGUGUGAUUUCUCAUUUGGAGAAAGGAGAAGAACCGUGGAUGACAGAGAAAGAAGGCCCAGCAGAUCCCAGUUCAGACUUGAAGAGUAAAACAGAAACUAAUGAGUCAACUACAAAGAAUUUCAUUUCACAGGAACAGUUAUAUCAUGGCAUUUUGAUGGAAAGGGUCAUGAAAGAUGAUAUCAUUUAUUCCUCAUUGAGAAAAGUCUCCAAAUAUGAUGAUAUGUUAGAAAUGCACCGCGAAUCCUGUGUGAGAGAUGUGAGACAAACCAUGUUGACCCAUAAGAAGAAAGGCCAAAAAACUAACAAAUUUGGAGAAAAUAUCAUUAUGAGUUCAAAUGUUAUAACAGAACAGAGGCGUCAUAAAUGUGAUACAACUAGAAAGAGGAACAAAUACAAAUUAGAUUUGACUAAUCAUCCAACAAGUUACAUAAGACCAAAAACCUAUGAAUGUAAUAUAUGUGAAAAAAUCUUCAAACAACCCAUUCACCUUACUGAACACAUGAGAAUUCAUACUGGUGAGAAACCUUUCAGAUGUAAAGAAUGUGGAAGGGCCUUUAGUCAAAGUGCAUCUCUUAGUACACACCAGAGAAUCCAUACUGGUGAGAAACCCUUUGAAUGUGAGGAGUGUGGCAAAGCCUUCAGACAUCGCUCAUCGCUUAAUCAGCAUCAUAGAACUCACACUGGGGAGAAACCCUAUGUAUGUGAUAAGUGUCAGAAAGCUUUCAGCCAGAACAUUAGCUUGGUUCAACAUUUGAGGACUCAUUCUGGAGAGAAACCUUUUACUUGCAAUGAAUGUGGGAAAACCUUUCGACAGAUUAGACACCUUAGUGAACAUAUAAGAAUUCAUACGGGGGAGAAGCCCUAUGCAUGCACUGCAUGUUGUAAAACCUUUAGUCAUAGGGCAUAUCUAACACAUCACCAGAGAAUCCACACUGGGGAAAGACCCUACAAAUGUAAGGAAUGUGGGAAGGCCUUUAGGCAGAGGAUACACCUUAGCAAUCAUAAAAUUGUUCAUACAGGAGUGAAGGCAUAUGAAUGUGACCGCUGUGGAAAAGCCUACAGGCAUGAUUCAUCCUUUAAAAAACAUCAGAGACAUCACACUGGAGAAAAACCUUAUGAAUGUAAUGAAUGUGGAAAAGCCUUCAGCUAUAAUUCAUCACUUAGUCGACACCAUGAAAUACACAGAAGGAAUGCCUUCAGAAAUAAUGUGUAAAAAGGGGUAUUUGACAUGAGAACAAAAGCCAGCUCUAAAUCAGUGAUUCUAUGUUUUAAAAUUUCAAGAUGCAAGUAAAUUUAAGGAAUUGAUGUAAUGAUUACAACUUCAAAUUUUGCCCAUUGUAUAAAUAAACCUUGACAACUACUGUCUACUAACAUCUCCAUACAAAGUACUUAAGAAUAAAAUCUGGACUGGGCAUGGUGGCUGACGCCUAUAAUCCUAGCACACUGGAAGAUCAAGGGAGGAGGAUCAUGAGCUCAGGAGUUCAAGACCAGUCUCUACAAUAAAGAGAAAAAAAUUAGCUGGGUAUGGUAAUAUAUACCUGUAGUCCCAGCUACUUAGGCUGAGGCAGGAGGAUUGCUUGAACCUAAGAGUUUGAGGUUGCUGUGAACUAUGAUGACACCACUGCACUCUAGUUGGGGUGAUAGAAUGAGACUCUCAACUCAAAAAUAAACAACAACAAAAAGAAAAUCUUGUCCUUCAAAUCAAUUGUGUUUAGCAUUUUAUUUACAAGAUAAUUUUUGUUUCUGAUUUCAUAGUUAAAAAAUCAUGGGUAUUCAUUGAUACACAGAUUAGCAUUUGGGAACUACUGUUUACAAUAUUACCACCUUUUUGUUGUUGUUGUUGUUGCCUUUGGUAGAGUGCUGUGGCAUCACAACUCACAGCAACUUCCAGCUCUUGGGCCUAGGCAAUUCUCUUGCCUCAGCUUCCUGAGUAGCUGAGACUACAGGCACCUGCCACAACACCCAGCUAUUUUUUGUUGCAAUUUGGCCGGGGCUGGGUUCAAACCCUCCACCCUCGGUAUAUAGGGCUGGCGCCCACCACCUCUGUUUUUUAAAUUUACAUUUUCUUUUAAUGGUGAAAGCUCUUUUUUUUCUUUUGAGAUAGAUUCUCACCUUGUCGGCCUAGGUAGAGUGCUGUGGCGUCAUAGCUCACAGCAACCUCAAAUUCUUUGGGCUAAAUUUUUCAUUUUUAGUAUAGACGGGGGGUAGGGGGUGUCCUCACUCUUGCUCAGGCUGGUCUCGAACUUCUGAGCUCAAGAGAUCCACCCGCCUCGGCCUCCCAGGGCAGUAUAUGGGGCCAGUGCCCUACCCACUGAGCCACUGGCACCACCCUAGAGCCUCUUUACUAUAGAUAAAUUUGAGUUAUUUUCAGUCUUUUGUUUGUACAAUAUAUAGUGAAUAUUCUUACAUGUUUUCAUUUUAUGAUUGUAAGUCAAUAUGUAGGGAAAGUUCCUAGAACUGGAAUUUCUGUGUGGGAGGGCAUGUGCAUUUGUGUGGAUGGCUAUUGGCAAAUUGACGUUGAUGGAGGUUGGGCCAAUUUAUUUUCCCACAAGCAAGAUAUAGAGCUUUAGGUGCCAUAUCUAACGCUAAAGCAUCUCCUAGACCAACAACACUGUCAACCAUCCAAGCACUGUCAGUUUGUCUCAGUAACAUGGCCCAGAAAUGUCAGGGCAGAAGUAGCCCCAGAAAUAGCAUUUGCCACCCCUGGAGCCAGGGAGGAACCUGCAUCCCUUUGACAGUAGCCAAGACUACCAGUUUUAGCUGGAGAAGGAUACACUUUUCCACCAAUUGCUCUAGUCCUUGACUUCCUAGGC